GUCUGUGAGUAGUAGUUGAAGCCGACACCUUGGGAUAAUAGUAUCUUUAUAGAAAUCUAUUUAAAUUAAAUAACCAGGGAAACUGGUUGGCAUGAAUGUAGAAGAAAGUCAUACUAAUAUUUUUAUAUACCCUCCCAAGCCAACUACGUUACAGUAAAUGAAAUCUUGUGAGUUUGCCCAAUCAAUUUAUAUUUCUGGUGGAGCCUAAUUAAUGUCUGUGAUUCAACCAUAAAAACAACCCCCCCUUCUUCUCAUUCCUCGAAAAAAAAAAAUAUGAAGAACCAUCUGUUCUCGAGUGAUGAAGAGCAGAAUGGAGGGCGAAGAUCAGCGUAUUCGUGGUGGAGGACGGCCGAUGAAUUCGACGAAAACGGGCAUUUCAAGAUUGACGUUUCGGAAUUCUCGAAUCUAACUCCAAGAUACAAAAUACUCAGAGAAAUGGAGAGGUUGGCUUUCAUUGCUACUGAUGGUCUUGAUGAUCUGAGGCACAAGCUUCUCAGUUACAGGGCUGGUGAUUUCUGGCUCCCUAUUGGUGGACUUAAGAAAGAAGAUAUGGACAUCCCGCCAGUUGUCACCAUCCUAUUGGCUGGCCUCACUGCUUCUGGUAAAAGCUCCUUCACCAACUUGAUGUACAGUGUUCUUGGCAGAUCUGGCCUCAUCCCUUUUGCUCAAACUUCAGGUGAAUCAUCAAAUUACACAACAAUGUUUCUUGAAGAGCACAAUGUUUUGAGAUCUCCUAGAAGCGGAUUAUGCGUGUACGAUACGAGGGGUUUGGACAAGGAUGAAAUGGAGGAAGGUUUGGACGAGGUUUCCACAUGGAUGUCGGUCGGAGUCAGACACAACCAGCCAUGUCACCGACCGGGUGACGGCGAUAAAAGUCAACUUUCCGAUGAGUUGACUAAUUCGAGGUACUUGAGGAGAAAAGUCAACUGCGUGAUGGUUGUGGCUGAUCUGUCACAAAUUCACAGGUCCUUCAAAUGUGGCGAUUUGAACUCGAUGGAGGCCUUAAGGGAUCUCUUCCACUUGUCUGCUGUCAAGAAUUCGAAUGAGAAUCCAAUCUUGAUUCUAACGCACGGAGACAAACUAAAUGCUGAAGAAAGGAUUAAUGGGAGAUUAAGAAUCUGUGAAUAUUUAGGAAUACCUGAAACAAGUGGUGCAUAUGACAUACCGUGUAUGACAGAGCAGGGGAUUAUGGCUGAAGAAUCUGAUCCAGUUACUGCUUUUUCUCUUACAGAAGCUGUUUACAGAGCUUUACUCCAAUCUGACAGAACUCAUCUCCCCAAGAAAAAGUUUAAGGAUUGGUUAAUCUUUUUUUGUAAGUGGAUUAUGUGGUGCAUUGCUUGCUUGUUUGUCAUUCUUGCUAAUUUCUUCUCCAAAUUUGGUCAUCACAACAAGAAACUCAAGAUGUGAGCUUCCUUCUUAGCUAUGUUGAAAACGUCGAAAAAAAUGUAUAUUAGAUAUAUAUAUGUGUGUGUGUGUGUGUUAUACAGUGUGUGCAAUUUGUGUUUGAAACCAUCUCCUUUUGCCUUUGUUUAUGUAGUUUCUUGAUCUUUUUUAAUUCUUUUUCUUUGUAUUAUAUGAUUUUUAUCUAUGUAUUAAUUUAACUUUUGAUAUUCAUUGCUCAGCAAUAAUGUGUGAUUUGGAAAUUAUUCAUUUUUUUGUAGACAUAAUAAUGUAAUUAAGUGUCAGAUUCUCAAUUUUUUUUUUA